GGCAGGCUUGGGAAUGAAGAUUAGGAAGGUAAAGAGAGGCGCGCUAUGUUCUUCGCUUAGUGCGCGCUUAAACCGUUUUGCCUGGUAAAUGUAUUAGCCCUGAUGCUUCGGCUCUGGAGGAACAAAGGAGCCCCGCUGCAGGCCAGAGAGCAGAACUGAGGUGGAAGCGGCCGUGAAAGUGUAGAAGAGAGAGAAAGCGCCGAGCAGGAGCGAAAUCUGCGAAAUGUGCCUCUCCAGAGUUGCUCCCGAAAGGAGGCAGAGCUGCGGCUAGAUGGAGAGAGGAAAGCUCCGGGCGGCAGCGUCUGUUUGCCUGCAUCUGCUUCCCUGAACACGAACAAGCCUUUCGGGGGGUGAGGAGGAAUCUGUUUGGCCCCCAGCAGAGCUACAUCAGCUUCUGCGGUCUGAAAGUGGGGAUCUGAAAGGAAGUCUUGGAGAAGAAGUUUGCUACAAGAGUCACAAUGAACUGGACACCCCUUGUGAGCUUAACCGUGUUGUGGGCAACGUGGCUAGUGUGUGGCUCACAUAAGCCAGUGAGGCAAGCUGAGAAAGGGAGUCUUGGAAUCAGAAAACAACCCGUGGCCUAUAGGAGCAGUAUCAGGAGAUCUGCUUCAACCCAGCCCAGGUUAAGCAAGGUCCCUCGGAGACUUGCAUACCUUUCUUUGAGGCAUGGGCAACGUCCCCUUGUUAAAAGGGAUUCUUUGGAACCUAAAAACCCAGCAGCUUCUUCCUCAAAAAAUAAAUCUCGGGUUCAGAUAAGGACUGGCGAGACAAAAAUACGCCAGAUGAAAAGACCUAAGCUGGAAAUGAUUAAAGAUGAAGGAACAUCCACUGCAGUCCAAUCACGGGUUGUGCGCUUCUCAUCAGGGUCCAGUUCUCCCAAUAUUCUGGCUAGCUUUGCAGGCAAGAACAGAGUCUGGAUCAUCUCUGCUCCCCAUGCCUCCGAUGGCUAUUACCGGCUCAUGAUGAGUCUGCUGAACGAUGAUGUCUAUUGUGAGUUAGCGGAAAGGCAUGUCCAGCAGAUUAUACUGUUCCACGGGGAAGGUGAAGAAGGGGGUAAAGUUAGGAAGAUAUCCCCCGAAGGGAAAAUCCUGGAGCAGCCUCUAGAUCCAAGCCUCAUUCCCAAACUUAUGAGCUUUUUGAAACUAGAGAAGGGGAAAUUUGGAAUGGUGCUGUUAAAGAAGACGCUGCAAGUUGAGGAACGGUACCCUUACCCAGUAAGGUUGGAAGCUAUCCAUGAAGUCAUUGACCAGAGUCCCAUCAGGAAGAUUGAGAAGGCAAGGCAAAAAGGCUUCAUUCAGAAAUGUAAAGCAGCUGGAGGGGAGGGCCAGAUCGUCACGGAAGGGCUCAGUGGGGGCAACACCACAAGAGCAGCUCCCAGUGGUGGUCGUGUCCAGUCAUUCCCGAGAAAGGAAGAAACAAGGAAAGGCAAAAUGCAACCAACCAGAGUGAAAACUGUGAAGAAAGUGAUGGCAGCUACAGUGCCAUCUCCUUCCCCCACGACAUCUACAGCCACCACCUUCCCUCCAACCACCACAACUCUCAGGCCAGUUGCCAGAAUAACGACAAUACCAAGCAGACCCACAACCACCAUCACAACUACUCCAACUACACAGAGAACAUGGACCACAAAGUCACUCACAGAGCUUCCUACAGAGCCCAAGACAACUAUUGCUCCUGAGACAGAGGCCUCCCUUUCCAUACGGAGAGAAAACCGCAGAGGAAAGCAUCCAGGCCACACACAAAGACAACCAACAGCUACUAAAAGACCCAGGAAAGCCAGUCAUUAUGACACUUACACAGAAAUGCCAAGGGCCACCUCAGAACAUUACACCAGGGCAAAUGCUGGCAGAUUCAGAGACAAUCGCACAGACAAGAAGGACAGUCGGGACACCAGCAUCAUAGCUGGCCAGCAGAAGCCUCCUAAAAGCAAGCAGACCAAAAAGAAAGCCCAGGACAAGAUACUGAGCAAUGAAUACGAGGAUAAACAUGACUCAGGGCAGCCUGCCAUUCCUCAUUUAGAGGAAAGCAUCCCCAUAGGAAAUAUUCCACCCAAGAAAGCCAAAGAGUCCAAGAAACGCAUCCCUUUAAAUAAACCUGACAAGAAGAAAGAAAGGUAUGACAAGAAAAUUGAGAGGCAGGCCAAGAAAGACAGAGCUGAAAGGAAAAACAAGCAAGAAAAAGAGCGCAACAAGAAAAACAAGAAAGGAAGCAAGACAGAGAAUGAUGGAAGCCUGAAACCUCCCACUAAGUCUUUCACCCAGACCUCCAGGAAAUCUGUGACAAACCUUCUGAACUUCUUUGAAGGCAAAAGACGACUUUUGCUGAUCACAACACCCAAAGCUGACAACAACAUGUAUGUGCAACAGAGGGAUGAAUAUUUGGAGAGCUUUUGCAAAAUGGCGACUAGAAAAAUUUCAAUUAUCACCAUCUUUGGCACAAUGAACAACAGUCAUAUGAAGAUCGAUCAUUUCCAGCUAGAUAAUGAGAAUCCUAUGAAGGUGAUAGAGGAUGAAGAUCUGGUGGACCAGAAUCUCAUCAACGAGCUGAGAAGAGAAUAUGGAAUGACCUAUAAUGACUUCUUUAUGGUGUUGACAGAUUCUGAUAUGAAGGCCAAGCAAUACUAUGAAGUGCCUAUCGCCAUGAAGUCUGUGUUUGAUCUGAUAGAUACUUUCCAGUCACGUAUCAAAGAAAUGGAAAAACAGAAACGGGAAGGCACUGUUUGCAAAGAAAAUAAGAAACAAUCUCUGGAAAACUUUUUGUCCAGAUUCCGGUGGAGAAGGAGACUACUAGUAAUAUCCACUCCCAGUGAGGAAGACUGGGCUUAUUCACAGCAGCUUGCAGCCCUGAAUGGGCAAGCAUGCAAUUUUGGUCUGCGACAUAUAAUUAUCCUCAAGUUGUUAGGCCUGGGAGAAGAGAUUGGUGGAGUUCUAGAACUAUAUCCAAUCAAUGGGAGCUCCAGUGUGGACAGGGAAGAUGUACCCAUUCAUUUGGUGAAAGAUAUCCGCAAUUAUUUCCAGAUUAGUCCUGAAUAUUUUUCCAUGCUUUUGGUUGGCAAAGAUGGGAAUGUCAAAUCUUGGUAUCCUUCCCCAAUGUGGUCCAUGGUGAUUGUAUAUGAUUUAAUUGACUCUAUGCAACUUCGACGACAGGAGAUGGCCAUUCAGCAGUCACUUGGCAUGCGAUGCCCAGAAGAUGAAUAUGCAGAGUAUGGCUACCAUGGUUAUCACCAAGGUUAUCAGGAAGGUUAUCAAGAUGAUUAUCAUCAUCAUCAUGAAAGUUACCACCAUGGAUACCCGUACAGAAAGUAGCAAUUUAGCCUUUGACUGUUUGAAUCCCACUAGUCCUUCAAGUCACAAAAGGCCACGUGUGGAAAUUGCUUCAUGAUUGCCUGAACAUUUUCUAUUCCUUCAGUGUAUAAAAUUUUGGUCUUCUCUGUAAUGCACAUUUUCAUGAACUGAAAGAGGUGAAAUUAAUUUCACUGAUGCCUUAUGAAAUAAAGACUCCUUUAUAUUUUAGAGCCCUUUUAACUUGAGGUAUUUUCCUUGUGCUAUGUAUAUGUAGAACAAGAAACUCCUUUCUAAUAGUGAUUAUUGUAUGAUAGAUAGGAUAUAACAUAAACAAUGGACAUCAUUUCUUGUCUAACUACAUUCCCAUUCCCCCAGGAAAUAUAUAUUUGAAAACUGUGAAUCUUUAUUGAAGAGGAAAAAUGGUGAAUUGUGUUGCCGAGUAUGAUCUUCACACUGCAGUUUUUCAGGAGGGUUUAUUACAGUUGUUACAGAAAAAGAUUUCUAGACGACUUUUAAAAAUGCUUUGUCUAAAAUCACUUUGUUCAUACUAUACCAUCUCUCUAUGAUUCUGUCAAUUACCAAUCUGAAGAGUGUCUAGAGUUAACAAUUUAAAUAUAGUCUAUGAUUCUGAGUGAAAAAUCUGAGAGAACAAAGACUUCAGCUUUAGCAAUAGCAACAGACUUAUAUACCGCUUCAUAAUGCUUUUCCAGCACUCUCUAAGCACUUUACAGAAUCAGCAUAUUUCCCCCCCCCCAAAAAAAAAUCUGGGUCCUCAGUUUACCAAUCUCAGGAUAGAAGGAUGGAUCAACCUUAAGCCAGUCAGGAUCAAACUCUUGACAGUGGGGAGAGUUAGACUAUAACACUGUAUUCUAACCACUGUGCCUUCAUGCCUCAGUAUAUUGCUGGUUAAAAAGAUAUUUCAGCUUUUUAGCCAGCAAUAUAUUUAAGCAAAGCCACAGAGCAGAACCUGAAUGCAAAAGCAUUAAUGUUAGAAAUUAUUUUGCCUAACAUCUUUGGGCCAGUCCCUCUCUCUCAGCCCAACCCAUCUCAUGGGAUUGUUGUUGUGUUGUGGAAAACAGAAGAAAGAAGUUGUGUUAGAUAUGUUUGCAACCUUGAGUUUUUUAACAAUAAAGGUGUAUAAAGGUGUACUUUGUAUGUAUCAACCAAGUUAUACUUGGAAACAAGUAUAACAUUUCUCUAUAUAGGUACAAUAUACACUUCUCAAAUUAGAAAAAAAAUCUUAGCAUGCCAGAAAAACCCUUUCCUAACGUAUCAUAGCAAUUGCUGAAACUUACAUGAGGCCUAAAGGACAACAGUUCCAAAGUAAAACAAUAGUAUCGUCCCAGUUUCUAUUUCCUAUGCAGAAGAAAAGGAAAUAAUUUCUGUCAUUUAACUUGGAAUUCAAAAGCUCUUCAAUUUGCAGUGUCCUAUACAUAGAUUUUCUGUCGUCCAAUACCAAAGGAAGGAAACUUCAAAAGCAGCUGCACAUACAUUAUCACCACUGCCAAUACCAAUCUGAAUGGACUAUUGGAGAAUACUUGUGUAAAUUGACAAAGAAGGCAUAGUGAGCUAAACCUAAAUAGUAAGAUGAGUUUUAAUUGAUCUUCAUGUGCAACUUGUAAAACAGGAAGUAGUCCUUAUGUAAUCUUAAAAUUUCACUAAACGUGAUUAAAAGUUAACUUGCAAAAUAUGCGAGGCAGAUUUAUCAAAUGUUUUGUGAGAGGAAUUUUUUUCAGAAAUGGUUAAGUUAGUUUUUUCUGUGUUUUGUUUCUUUUAAGUGUAAUGUAAUCUAAAACUAGCAAUUUCAAACUUCCUGAAAACAUCAUGCUAGGAAUAACUGUCAUGUUAAAAUAAGUAAGACCAAACCAAUCAAAAGACACAACUGAAAAUAAUGUUCAACACCAGCUUUAAAUUGGACAAGCUCAGUUUUUAUUUAUUUUUGUUUUGUUAUUAGAUAUUUGCAGAGGAAAACAAAAUCAACCCUGCACGCCACUAAUGCAAAAAACCUUCAGAAUUUUCUUUCAAGAAAUUUCUUUUUAAAUUCCACACGCACCAAACAAAGCAGAUUUCUUUCUCAAACACAGACAAACCACAUAUUUAGCGGACACAUAUAUGUUCCCUAAAUGAGUCUGCCAGGCCACAUGAAUGCAAAAGGGGAAUCCUUUGAAGAAGACUGGAGAACAGAUGAAUAUUUAACUUUUUACAUAUUUUUAUAUUCUAUUUAGAAAACACCCUUUCAGGUCAUUUUCCCAGGAGAAAAUCAUUCAAGUACUCCAUGUCCAACCCAACAGCCAUGCAGGCAAUAAUAAUAAUCCUUUGGAUGUAUUAUAUCAGGAAUGCUUAAUCAGGUAUUUCUAGGGUAUCCAAGACCUUGAAGUUGGGUAGCAUUACCUAGUUUGGGCAACAGUUGACCCCUAAAUCAGUGGUCUCCAACCUUGGCAACUUUAAGACCUUAAGAGCUUUGCUGGCUGAGGAACUCUGGGAGUUGAAGUCCACAAGUCUUAAAGUUGCCAAGGUUGCAGACCACUGCCCUAAAUGACUCCAUUAAAAGCCCAGCACAAAUCCAUACAUUAUUGAGAAUAUAUAUGUAUGAUAUUACCAAUUUUUAAAAAUAUGUAUUUGAAUAUUGGUUUUUCUAAUUGUUAUGGAAAGUCAAUAUUGGUCACUAAAGUAUUAUUUUUUCUGUGUCUAAUUCUAUUGGUAUGCAUAAAAUCAAUAUCCAUUUGCCCAGUUUUUUUCAUUGAACUCAACUCACCCAUUCCCCUCCCCCCCAAAUUGUAAUUUAUUCCAGGCACUAGUAGGUAAGUUAGGCAAAGUUUGUCUUGCAACUGUAUUUAAACAACUGCUGUUAAGGAACACUGUUAUGUUAGAACUACUUCUUCAGAGACUAUCAAUAAAAGCACAAUGGAUACUUGCGUCAAUAAAGUUGGUAAAAGAAAUCCU